UCGUGACAUUCCAGCCGACAGUCAAAUUUUGUUUUCGUACACAAAUUUUUCGUUUGACUUGAGUUAUACGUUCUUAUAGGAUAUAUAAAGCACUACAGAUAGAAGUAGGUACUAAUUACCACUUGAAGCUAGCAACCGCGCUUUCGUACAGCCCACAAUUACAAAAACAACAUAACGACAACAAUAAACGUCAACUUCCGUUUGUGUGUAAGCUGAACUUUGCCUGCUCUCUGCCCCGGUUCCGCUGCAAUUCCUACUUUCUGAUAAAUAAAAAACACAAGUAAAAGUAAAAAUGUCUCAACCUGUUGCAUUCCUCACGCGCAAAGAAACAUUCAGUGCUUGUCAUCGUUUGCACAGCCCACAACUAAAUGAUGCCGAAAAUGCUGAAGUCUUUGGCAAGUGCAAUCAUAUAAAUGGACAUGGACACAAUUACACUGUUGAGGUGACAGUACGUGGUCCCAUUGAUAUAAGCACAGGCAUGGUAAUGAACAUUACUGAAUUGAAGACUGCAUUGGAUAAGGUGGUUUUCAAGAAUUUGGAUCAUAAAAAUUUGGAUAAAGAUGUUGAUUUCUUCAAGAAUACUCCUAGCACUACCGAAAAUGUCUGCGUUUACAUUUGGGAUAAUGUGAGACAAAAUUUGCAACGUCCAGAAUUAUUGUACGAAGUAAAGGUAUACGAAACUGAUAAAAAUGCUGUAUCAUAUCGCGGACCAUACCAUCAGAAUGGCUACUAUCCAAAUAUUCAGAGCAAACGUUCAGCUAAAACUUCAUGCACCAACAUUUCUUCAGAUUCUGACUAAUGAUUGACUAUGACUUUCUACUAUAUCGUAUGAAGAUGUUAUGAUUAUGAAUUUAUUAAAAGUUAGUUAAGAGAAUAUGUAUCGUAUAAAUAAAUGAGUAGUGAAUUUUUCGUAAGUCUA